AUGAAGGUCUCUACUGCAAUUCUCAGCAACACGCUUCUAGCCACUGCUGCUUUUGCUGCACCUCUUACUGCUCAACGUCAAGCCCGCAAUGAGGCCCGCCGUCUUGCUCACGUGGAGGCUAGCUCAAAUGAGCGCCAUAGCAACCCUCCCUUCAAGCCGGAUUCCCAUGAGAUCAUCCACCUCAACGAGACCACGCAUGUGGAAUACAGUUCCAACUGGGCUGGAGCCGUUCUUAUUGGUUCUGGCUAUACUACAGUCACGGGCCAGUUUACCGUCCCCACUCCUAAGGUCCCCAGUGGCAGCAGCAGCAGCGGAACAUACUCUGCCUCUGCUUGGGUCGGUAUCGAUGGAGAUACCUGGAGCGAUGCAAUUCUUCAGACGGGCGUCGACUUCACCAUUGCAGAUGGCAAGGUGAGCUACGAUGCCUGGUACGAGUGGUACCCUGACUAUGCCUACGACUUUAGUGGCAUCUCCAUCUCCGCAGGAGAUGUUAUCAAGGUGACUGUCACCGCUAGCUCUACAUCAUCCGGCACCGCCACUAUCGAGAAUGUCACCAAGGGCAAGACAGUGUCUCAUACCUUCACCUCAAGCAGCGUCGAGGGUGAUCUGGGGGAGGUGAAUGCUGAGUGGAUCGUCGAGGACUUCGAGUCGGGCGAUUCCCUCGUCAACUUUGCCAACUUUGGCAACGUCAUCUUUACUGAUGCCCAGGCCACUGAUAACGGGGCUAUUGUUGGUCCCUCCGGUGCCACUCUGAUAGAUAUUAAACAGAACAACAAAGUUCUCACCUCCGUCUCUACCACCUCUAACAGUGUCACGGUUAGCUAUGUCUAA